UUCUUUAUCGAACGCCCGUAAUUUAACGUUCCAUUCAAUAUCUAACGCGAUUUAAUUAAUGAUAAAAUUACGCCAUAUUUGAUUUUUUAUUCCCGCUAUUUUUAAUGUCAAAUUUAGUUUUUUUUUUUUCAUUUUCGCAACUGUGAUUUCAACCCUGCCAGCCAGUAUCGUGUCGCGUUUAUUCUUAGUUUAAUUCUCAUAUUUUUUGCGAAGUGAAAUUUCGUGUUUGACAGUGACUCGUCGAAAAAAUUGAUACGCUCAAAUUAAAAAAUAUUAUUUUUAUAAUCUGUUUUGUUCGUAGUGGUUUUGAUUACGAGUUUCCUUUCAUUUCUGCCUUUAGUGACGGUUUCAUAAACUUGUAUUACAGUGACUCUGUGGCCAAUGAAGUUUUAUUUGAUUAUUUUUAUACGGCAUUUAAGUAACUGUGCUCCGUGCGAUGAAAAAGAAAAUGAGUAAGGAAGUACAGAAGAGAUGGAGGUCGAUUCGCGACUCAUACACCAAGACGUACAGACAGGGAAAGUGUGUGUUGCCCGAGCAGUGCCCGCCUGGGAGCAGACGUUACCAGUACCACCACCAAAUGUCAUUCCUACUGAAAGCCUUGCAGAACAAGAAACCGAGAUAUUCACAGGACAAGUAUGAGUCAUUCUCAGAGAUCUCAAACUCGCCGCAACACCCACCACCAGAAGACAUGCCGAAAAUAAAGAAUGAGACCAUGGAAAAGCCAUUAGAUCUAAAAACCAAACCAGACGACAGACCAGAAACGCAAGAUAAAUGCAACCAAGCAGAUUGUAUAGACAAACCAAAUGCCCUAGAAAUCAAAAUAGAUGCUAACUCCAUACUGCCUGAAGACCAUUUCGAUGACGAUCGCCUAUUCAUGAACUCUUUAAUACCUUUAUUCAAGAAAAUGAAUGAUGACACAAGGUUACUAUGCAGGAUUGAAGUGCUGAAAAUAAUCAGAUAUGCUUUGCAGGGCCACAAAUGUUUUGAAGCUCUUAAGGUGGCUGAAGAUUCGUUCGUGAAAGAUAGGUUGAGUAAUAUACUGUCGAAAGAUGAGAGCAGUGUGUCUACUAGUACACAGAAGAGUCCGGAAUCCAAACUGGCUAUGACCACCAGGUCUGCCGAUGGCAGCCGACCUGUUAGAAAACGGAGGGCUCGUUCACCAUCACCUUUGCCGGUGCCAGCAAAAAAGCGGGGGCCAGGACGUCCCAGAAAGAUCCGGCCGCCCCCCUCAGACUCUGACGAGGAGCAGACGUCGAGGAAACGCCUGCCGAAGCUGAAGGUGUGCGAGGCUCCGUGCGAGGAGGACUCCUACAGCCACGUCACCAGUGUCGCACAGCUCUCCACUCCCAUGUUUAUGAAGAUCUACAACCUGGAGAGGUCAAAAAUCGCUCCGGCUCUACCCACAACACCACCAAUGCAAGUGUCAAUAAAAACCGAACCUGUGGACCCUGAACCACAACCCAGCUAAGCUACCAACAUACCUAUGCUAUAUUUAAUAAGGUAACAUUAUCAAACGCCAAUCAGAAUGCAGAAAUAUCACGCGAUAAUGGCCGUUAGCCAAUGAGAGCGUACUAUUUUUCUAAGUAUCAAGUAGGCUUAACAUUGCAUUUAGAUGUGUAUAGUCUGUGGUUUUUAUAACCUCAAAUGUCAAAGAAUUUAUAAUGUUGAUUGAUACAGGUAUAUGCGCCUUUUUCUGUUGAUUUUUAGGUAAUUGGUGACGAUAUUUUUAGUUGUUUUGGUGAAAAUUUACAAGCCAUUUUAUGUAUGUAUACAAUGUGAUAGGCGUGGGACUUCUAACCCGUUAAGGCUGAGUACUACAUCUAAUUUUAUCGACAAAAAAAAUAAUAUGUGUAUAAUAUUUUUCGGUAAAAAUUAUUCACAAAUGAUUUUUUUCUCACCAAAACAUUAUCAAACAUAUGAAAAAAGUAAUGAAUUAGUUAGCCAAGGUUAUUAGCUACCGUUUGUCGUUUUUUUUUUGUUUCUACGACGCAUACAACCUUUGAUAUCAAAAAAAGUAAAAAAAAAUAUUAAAAUAGCCAUAACUUUUAGGGGGAGGGGAUUCGACCCCUUCGACCCCCGACUUUUGUCGAUAAAAUUAGAUGUAGUACUCAGCCUUAACGGGUUAGAAGUCUCACCCCUAUCACAUUGUAUAUGUUAUGUAUACAUGCAAAAAUAUUCUAGUUUUUGGACACCUUAUGUAAGUAAGGUGAUUCAGUGACAAAUAAUUAAAAGUAUCGUUCACCAUUAUUCUAAUUGUUAUUAGGGAAGAAAUUAAAAUAUUUAUAUAAUAUUACCUAUGUUAAAUAUGAGAUAAAAUAAACAUUUAAAAUAAAUUGUUGUGAACAUAAUAUUAUCUCUAUAUAGCCUUUACAGGUACAUAGAUAAAAGAAAAAAUGUCGUGUUCAAAACAAAUAGUAAAUAAAUAUGUAUGCAAAGUUAUAAUACCUUACCCUUUAUAAGGCAAAGGGAAUAUUUUUACCACCAUGUUUACUUCAACGAAAAGUUCAGUGAAUAUUACAAAACGCAUUUUUUAAUAAACCACAAAAUGUUUUACUUUAAUGUUAUGCCUUAUAAAGGGUUAAUUCUUGGAUGUUUAAAAGCCAUUAUAAAUUGAUGUUGAAAAAGAUCUGUGUAUUUAUUCAAUGUUAUCUGUUUUAAAUACUUCAUAGGUCUAUGCUCUAUGCUAAUUAUACCAUAGAUUAUUUAUUUUAGUCUGUGGUUUGACCUGAUUGGUAAUGGUAUCGGGGAGGUGUUACUUGAAAAUGUGUCUAUGAUGUUAUCUAUACACAGAAUGUUAUUAAGUUGUAAUUAUUAUUUAUGUGUUUAAUAUGAGCAACUGUUGUGUUGUAUUAUUUCUUUGCUUUUAGAUAGAUGUUGAUUUAAUUUUCCUAAUUUAUUCAUCUUCUCUGUUUCCGAUGAGUGAUGAACUUGUAUUAAAAUGUAGUUAUCGGAUCUAAGUGUUACCAAGAUCAAAAACUACGUUCUGUUCGAAAAGUAUUCUUUAUUUUCUUUCUCAUUUCGUUUUCAUCUUCCAGAAAACAAAAUACUUUCGUCUUUUUCUGUCAUUUUAUUUUGUGGUAAGCGUGCACAUUCCACAGGUCAGCAUCGUGUCCGCUUUCCGUAUGACGUCAUCGGUACGCAUCGCAUGUAGGCAUUGCCGAUGAUGCGGUCCGUACGAUGCGGAUCAGUGGACGCAGCUGUAUGAGUUUCUAUACAAGACAAACUAAAAUCCGUUGCGUGCGAUGCGUACGAUGCGGACCUGUGGACAAUUACCUUUAUAAGCCAACUAUAUUUCUUGCUCUCUCUUUUUUAUCUUGUAUAUUUAUUUAUAGAAAUAUUAAAUCAACACCUAUAAAAAAGUUUGCACGUUCGAUUGUAAUGAAUGAAAUGUGAUAUAGGUUUAGUUUCGCCAUGUAAUUAUUUUAUUGUUAAGUUUAAUCUAUAACUCCAUAGUGAGAAUUUCUGCACAACGCUGUUGGCCUAUUUGUUAUGAAGUUUACAGCGCAGAAUGAUCAAAUUCGAUCUCGAAAUACGAAAAUCUGUUUUAAGUUUUCGACAAAACAAAGUCAUUUGAUAAUUUGACAGUUACGACGCAGCCAUCUUGUUUUGGCGGGAGUUUUUUUUUUCUUUAAUGCACGUUUUGUUUUUCCUCUAUUUUGUAAUAAUGAUACAAAUAAUGGUUUAGUUUAAUGUAAAGAAGCAUUUUUUAGUUGUUAAUUUAGUUUAAGUUUUAGUACAUUGAAAUGUUUUAAGGGUCAGUCGAUUCUUGCAAAGAUGAUAAUAAUUGUAAUUAGUAUGUUUAAUUGUGUAUUCGGUAAGUGAUGGAAGAUAAAAAAUACUGUUUUUUGUUUUACUGGGCAUCUGUAGGCCAAGUUAAUUUUGUGUUGAUCACAAUACGAACGUUGAAAUAAUAAUAUAAAGAAGUGUUGUGUUACUUGUGUUAUGUCCGAACAUUCCUUAGUUAGGAAUAUUGUAGAUAUUGUGAGAAUUAUCACGGAUUGUAUACCGUUGAAAUAAAUAUCAAUAUUUUUUAA